AUGGAGCCAGAGAGAUUCCAGGAUUACUAUGCUACCCUAGGACUGCAGCUCGGUGCCUCACCCGAGGCGAUCAAGUCUGCAUUUCGUGCCUUGACUAUUGAGCAUCAUCUCGACAGUUCUGGAAUCGGUGAUUCGGUCGUCUUUCGUGCUGCGCGUGAGGCCUACGACAGGCUGGCGAACGAUGAGUUCCGCAAGGAGUACGAUAGGACCUACUGGCACAAGAAGCUCCAGAUUGACCCACCCGCUCCUAGCGCAGAUGAGCAACCUUUCGGUAAUACUCGCACUUAUCAGUAUGAAGCCGAGAUGCGAGAGAGAGCUCGUAGGGCCAGUCCUCCACCGAAGAAGCCUUUCCAGAAGCCCGGUGAUCCCGGAUGGAAGUGCCUGAAUAGCGCCGCAUACCAGAAAUGGCAGAAGCUGUCUGCAGAGUACUAUGCCAGACAUCCCGAGUGCGAUCCUCCUAUCGAUGAGAGUAGGCCUCCAAGCCCUGGUCAAGGCGGACUGCAACAUGGUCUGUUUGUCAAAAUGUCUCAUGAGUGUGUGCUUCGUCCUUGCAAAUAUCGAAGUGCGACCUGGAGAGUGCAGCCCGGUGGUGCUGAUCACUGCGUGUUCUGCAUGGAAGCCCGCGUCGGCUGUAGCAGGUGCCCUGGAUGCGAGGCUUUGGCAUGCCAAAAGUGUCUGAAGAAGAUUGCUGAGAUAGAGCAGAACUCAUGCAUUCUGGGCAACAAGGUUCCGUACACUGCAUCUGGAGGUUAG